AGUGUGAGUGCGGCUCCACCGAGAGAGCGGUGCAAUGAUAAAAGCCGCAUAUGCGGUAGGCUACACACCUAUCAGGCAGGAAAAUACCCACGAAACAGCCUCACCCCGGUUCUCCUCGCAACACAGCCUUAUCAACGACUCAGAGCGGAACCUGAAGUGCCAGUAGAACCAUGUCCAAACCAACGGGGGGCGGUGUCAACGAUGUCACCCGCUUCCUUACAUCGGGGGCGCCACCAAGCUCUCCUACCUCCAACUCCGUGUUUACUGCCGCCAGCCAGGGCGACUGGGCGGCAAAGAGGCUGGUGUGGGUGCCGUCAGAGAAGCAUGGCUUUGAGUCGGCCAGUAUUCGAGAGGAGCGCGGCGAUGAGGUGGAGGUUGAGCUGACAGACAGCCAGAGGAAGGUGACUCUGUCCAGGGAGGAGGUGCAGCGAAUGAACCCACCGCGCUUCAGCAAAGUGGAGGACAUGGCCGACCUCACCUGCCUCAACGAAGCCUCGGUGCUGCACAACCUGAGAGAGAGAUACUACUCCGGCUUGAUCUAUACAUAUUCAGGGCUGUUCUGUGUGGUGGUGAACCCUUACAAGAACCUGCCCAUCUACACAGAGUCCAUCGUGGAGAUGUACCGGGGCAAAAAACGCCACGAGAUGCCCCCCCACAUCUACGCCAUAUCAGAGGCGGCCUAUCGCAGCAUGCUACAAGACAGAGAAGAUCAGUCAAUCCUCUGCACAGGCGAGUCUGGAGCUGGAAAAACCGAGAACACGAAAAAAGUAAUCCAGUACUUGGCUCACGUUGCCUCUUCCCAUAAAGGUACUCUGGGUAGGAACAAAGAAGCUGCACAGAUGGACGGCUCUCGGUCUUUAACGCGAGGCAGUACUUUGGGAAACAGGGGCGAGCUGGAGAGACAGCUGCUGCAGGCCAACCCCAUACUGGAGGCCUUCGGCAACGCAAAGACUGUCAAGAACGACAACUCCUCUAGAUUUGGUAAAUUCAUCCGCAUCAACUUUGAUGUGGCUGGGUACAUUGUUGGUGCCAACAUCGAGACCUACCUCCUUGAAAAGUCCCGGGCCACCCGUCAGGCCAAAGAUGAGAGGACAUUCCACAUCUUUUACCAGUUGUUGUGUGGAACAUCAGAGGAGACAAAAGCGGACCUGCUCUUAGGAACUGCUGAUGAGUACCGCUUUCUCAGUGGAGGCUCCAUCCCUGUUCCUGGUCAAAGCGAUUCAGAGAACUUCACCCAGACCAUGGACUCCAUGGCUAUAAUGGGCUUCACCCCGGAGGAGUCGUUGUCCAUGCUAAAGGUGAUCUCCGCUGUGCUCCAGUUUGGGAACAUUUCCUUCAUGAAGGAGAAGAACCACGACCAGGCCUCAAUGCCUGAUAACACAGCUGCUCAGAAACUGUGCCAUCUGCUGGGCAUCAACGUGCUGGAGUUCACUCGGGCCAUCCUCACUCCCAGAAUCAAAGUGGGUCGGGAGUAUGUGCAGAAGGCCCAGACCAAAGAACAGGCUGACUUUGCUGUGGAGGCCUUGGCGAAGGCCACUUAUGAGCGUCUGUUCAGAUGGCUGGUCCACCGGAUCAACAGAGCUCUGGACCGCAGACAGAGACAGGGAGCCUCUUUCAUAGGCAUCCUGGAUAUCGCUGGAUUUGAGAUUUUCCAGCUCAACUCCUUCGAGCAACUUUGUAUCAACUACACCAACGAGAAGCUGCAGCAGCUCUUCAACCACACCAUGUUCAUCCUGGAGCAGGAGGAGUACCAGCGGGAGGGCAUCGAGUGGAACUUCAUCGACUUUGGCCUGGACCUGCAGCCCUGCAUUGACCUCAUCGAGAGACCGGCCCACCCGCCGGGUGUCCUAGCCCUGCUGGAUGAAGAGUGCUGGUUCCCGCGUGCGACAGACCGCUCAUUUGUAGAGAAGCUGUCUGCUGAGCAAGGCAGCCAUCCAAAAUUCUUCAAACCAAAGCAGCCACGCGGGGAAGCUGACUUCUCCAUCAUUCACUAUGCUGGCAAGGUGGACUACAAGGCCCACGACUGGUUAGUGAAGAACAUGGAUCCUCUGAACGACAACGUGGCGUCUCUUGUCCACCAGUCGUCUGAUCAUUUUGUCUCAGAGCUUUGGAAGGAAGAUAUUCAAACUCUUCCCCGUGUAUACUUCUUUGACUCCUAUGCCACACUGCAGGCUAAUGGCUCCGACAUGGACAGGAUCGUGGGUCUGGACCAGGUGUCCACAGGAGAGAACAGCGGGCCGGUCAAUUUCGGAGCGGCAGGGCUGAAGACAAAGAAGGGAAUGUUUAGGACUGUUGGUCAGCUUUACAAGGAGUCGCUCACGAAGCUGAUGGCGACGCUGAGGAACACCAACCCCAACUUCCUCCGCUGCAUCAUCCCCAACCACGAGAAGAGGGCUGGUAAACUGUCCCCCCACCUGGUUUUGGACCAGCUGAGGUGUAAUGGAGUUCUGGAGGGGAUCCGUAUCUGCAGACAAGGCUUUCCUAACCGCAUCCCAUUCCAGGAGUUCAGACAGAGAUACGAGAUCCUGACUCCCAACGCUAUUCCUCGCACCUUCAUGGAUGGCAAACAUGCAUCAGAACUGAUGAUCAGAGCCUUGGAACUGGAUCACAACCUGUUCAGGGUGGGUCAGAGUAAAGUCUUCUUCAGAGCUGGAGUCCUGGCCCAUCUGGAGGAAGAAAGAGACCUAAAGAUCACAGACACCAUCAUACGCUUCCAGAGCGCCUCCAGAGGCUACCUCGCACGCAAAGCCUUCCUGAAGAAGCAGCAGCAGCUGAGCGCUAUGAGGGUUAUGCAGAGGAACUGUGCUGCUUACCUCAAACUCAGGAACUGGCAGUGGUGGCGGCUGUUCACUAAGGUGAAGCCGCUGCUGCAGGUCACCCGGCAGGACGAGGAGAUCCAGGCUCGGGAGUCCGAGCUCCAAAAAGCCAAGGACAACCUGACCCGAGUGGAGCAGGACUUCACGGAGCUGGACAAGAAACACGCUCAGCUCAUAGAGGAGAAGGCUGUGCUGGCUGACCAGCUGCAGGCGGAGGCGGAGCUGUUUGCGGAGGCAGAGGAGAUGAGGGCCCGGUUGGCCAGUCGGAAGCAGGAGCUGGAGGAGGUGCUGGGCGAGCUGGAGAGUCGAUUGGAGGAAGAGGAGGAGAGAGGCGUGCAGAUGACCAAUGAGAAGAAGAGGAUGCAGCAGAAUAUUCAGGACCUGGAGGAGCAGUUGGAGGAGGAGGAAAGUGCCCGACAGCGCCUCCUGCUGGAGAAGGUUACCCUCGAGACCAAAGUCAAGAGUCUGGAAACUGACUUGUUGGGUGCAGUGGAGCAGAGGGACCGAUUCAGCAAGGAGAAGAAACAGCUGGAGGAGCGUCUGAGUGAGGUGACCGAUCAGCUCACUGAGGAAGAGGAGAAAAGCAAAAGUCUCAACAAACUCAAGAACAAACAGGAAGCUGUCAUCGCUGACCUCGAGGAGCGCCUGAAGCGGGAGGAGCAGGGUCGCUUGGAGCAGGAGAAGUUGAAGAGGAGGAUGGAGAACGAUUCGAUUGAGGCCCAGGAGCAGCUGUCGGACCUGGGCAUGCUGUCCGCCGAGCUGAGGGGCAGUCUGUCUCAGAAGGAGAAGGAAAUCACCACCCUGCAGGGCCGGUUGGAGGAAGAAGGAGCGCGUCGUGCAGAAGCUCAGAGGGCGCUGAGGGAGGCCACGUCCCAGGUCUCUGAGCUGAAGGAGGAAGUGGAGAAUGAGCGAGGGAUGAGGGAACGGGCGGAGAAACAGAGGCGAGACCUGGGGGAGGAGCUGGAGGCUUUGAGAACUGAGCUGGAGGACACUCUGGACACCACAGCUGCCCAGCAGGAGCUACGGUCUCGUCGGGAGGCGGAGUUAAAUGAUCUACAGCGGUGCGUUGAAGAGGAGACUCGCCGCCAUGAGGUCCAGCUGUCAGAACUCAGAGUCAAGCACAGCGCCGCCAUAGACAGCCUCCAGGAGCAGCUGGACAACAGCAAGAGAGCUCGCCAGUCCCUGGAGAAGGCCAAAGUGCUGCUGGAGGAAGAGAGGCAGAAUCUGAGCUCGGAGCUCAAGAGCCUACAAGCGAGUCGCACGGAGAGCGAGAGAGGUCGCAAGAGGGCCGAGGGUCAGCUGCAGGAGCUCAGCGCCCGACUGGCUCAGGCUGACAGAGAGCGAGAAGACAGGGAAGAGCGAGUGCACAAACUACAGAGUGAGAUUGAGACUCUGUCCGGCACUGUGUCCUCCUCUGACACCAAAUCUCUUCGGCUCACUAAAGAGGUCAGCAGCCUGGAGAGCCAGCUGAACGAUGCAAAGGAACAACUGCAGGAUGAAACUCGCCAAAAGAUGGCUCUGGGCUCGAGGGUGCGAGCGCUGGAGGAGGAGAAGAAUGGACUGAUGGAAAGACUGGAGGAGGAGGAGGAGAGAGCCAAAGAGUUGAACCGACAGAUUCAGACUCAUACCCAGCAGCUGGCAGAGCUUCGUAAGCAGUCAGAGGAGGUGAACACUGCGGUGGAAGUGGGAGAGGAGACGCGUAGGAAACUCCAGAGAGAGCUGGACAGUGCCCUCCAGAGGGAGCGACAGAAAGAGGAGGAGAAGGAGAGGGUGGAGAGGCAGAGGGAGCGUCUGAGGGAGGAGAUAGAGGACAUGACGCUCGCCCUGCAGAGAGAGAGACAGAACUGCACGGCCCUGGAGAAGAGGCAGAAAAAGUUUGACCAGUGUCUGGCAGAGGAGAAGGCGGUGAGUGCUCGGCUGGCAGAGGAACGGGACAGAGCAGAAGCAGACAGCCGAGAGAAGGAGACAAGAUAUCUGGCACUUUCCCGAGCCCUGCAGGAAGCCCAGGACCAGAGGGAAGAGCUAGAGAGGGCCAACAAGCAGCUCCGUGUGGAAAUGGAACAGCUUGUGAACCAGCAGGACGACGUCGGCAAGAACGUUCAUGAGCUGGAGCGCACCCGCAGGAGCUUAGAAACAGAAGCUCAGAGUCUGCGGGUUCAGACGCAGGAGCUGGAGGAGGAGCUGACGGAGGCGGAGAACUCGAGGCUGAGGCUGGAGGUCACCCUGCAGGCGCUGAAGGCUCAGUUUGAGAGGGAGAUCAGCACCAGCGAGGAGAAGGGAGAGGAGAAGAGGAGAGCGCUCAGCAAACAGGUGAGGGAGUUGGAGAUCCAGCUGGAGGAGGAGAGGAGUCAGCGCUCUCAGGCUGUGUCGUCCAAGAAGCAGCUGGAAGCAGAACUGCAGGAGGCCGAGGCUCAGGUGGAGAACUCCUCCCGCGGAAAAGAGGAGGCUGUGAAGCAGCUAAGGAGGCUGCAGGGUCAAAUGAAAGAAGUUCUGCGCGAGCUCGAUGAAAGCAAACUGGGUCGGGAAGAAGUGAUGGCACAGUCGAAGGACAGUGAAAAGAAGAUCCAAACUCUGGAAGCAGAAGUCCUGCAGUUAACUGAAGAGCUCUCUGUGUCAGAGAGGCAGAAGAGGCAGGCUCAGCAGGAGAGAGACGAGAUGUCCGAUGAGAUGGUCAACAGCAGCACUGGAAAGAACGCACUGUUUGAAGAGAAACGGAGGUUGGAAUCACGAGUCAGUCAGCUGGAGGAGGAGCUGGAGGAGGAGCAGACUAACGCUGAACUGCUGGCAGAGAGACAAAGGAAGACUGCUCUUCAGAUGGAGACUAUGACCGUGCAGCUGCAGGGAGAGAGGACUUUGGCCCAGAAGGCAGAGGCGGCUCGGGAGCAGCUGGAGAGGCAGAACAAGGAGCUGAAGACCCGUCUAGGGGAGAUGGAGGGCGCCGUGAGGGGUAAACACAGGCUCAGCGUCGCCGCCCUGGAGGCCAAGAUAGACUCGAUGGAGGAGCAGCUGGAACAGGAGCGACAGGAACGAGCCAUUGCCAACAAACUGAUGCGGAAGACGGAGAAGAAACUGAAGGAGGUUAUGAUGCAGGCAGAGGACGAGAGAAGACACGCAGACCAGUACAGAGAACAGCUGGAUAAGUCGAUGGUCCGCCUGAAGCAGCUGAAGAGGCAGCUGGAGGAGGUGGAGGAGGACAACUCUCGCUCCAACGCCCAGAAAAGGAAGCUGCAGAGAGAGCUGGAGGAGCUCACCGACAGCAGCCAGAGCAUGGCACGAGAGAUCACGUCUCUCCGCAGCCAGCUCAGGCGUGCUCCGUUGCCCCUGGCGUUGCGUGGACGCAGAGCGCUGGUUGACGACCUCUCGUUGGAGAACUCUGACUCAGAGGAACCUCCCGCCUCGCCGACCCCCUCCUCUGGACUCCCCGGGACCCCGACUCCCUCCUCUGAACACAGCCUGGACCCUCCGCCGCCCUACAGCGUCAACAACACAGAGUGACGCACACAGAGACUCAGUUACAAACACAACACACACACACACAUACGCACACACACACACACACACACACACACACACACAUGUCGGCCUCUCAUAGCCUCGACUACUCAGGGGUGAAGGAGUGACACACACACACACACACACACACAGCACAUAACAACAGUGUAGUUUAUAAAAGUAAAUUUAGGAUUAACACAUCAGGCGCUAUAACUGUAAAACAACCUCACUGAGAAACUGAAAAGGUGUAAAAAAUAAGAUUUUACAAAGAGGCAACUGGAAUUAAUUUUUAUUUUGUAACAAACUGUGACAUGAAAAGAACCGUAACAAAGACUGGAAAUUUCUACAGUACAUCUCUGUAAUGCACUUCUGAGAAACUUAACUGCAUUUCCCAUAAUUCUGAGGGAAAAUUUGACUAUUAUCGACUAAUUUCACGAUGCUGUACAGUAAUUAGAAAGCAGAAAACAUAACUGUGGUUACGUCUUUUACAUUAGGAGGUAUUUAAAAGCUAAGCCAUGUUUAACCCUUUGAUGAGGAUUAUUUACGAUUUGAUUCACAGAGGGCUGUUGGAGGGUGAAAAUACUUCUAAGAGGUGUUGAGACAAUCUAUAUUCAUGAUACAUAAAGAAGUCAACAAAGGCAAAUACACACAUGGAAUAAUUGUAAUGUAAUCUCUGACAUUUUCAUGUCAGUUUUAAAAAAUAAAUUAAAGGAACAGUGUGUAAGAUUUAGUGGGAACUAUUGGCAUAAAUGGAAUAUACCGGUAAUCAUAAUUAUAGUUUCGAUAAUAUUUUAUCAACUGAAGCUAAUAAUCUUUGUGUUUAAUAUACAUUGAUACACUUAAAUAAUGCAGGAUUAUUCUUUUGUAAUACUGUAUCGAGUCUCAAAAAUUGUUUUUUUUAUUUUAUUAGGUUCACAUUAGGGCUGCCAAAUAAUCCAUUUUUUAUUGAAAUCACAAUAUGAAAUAGUUUCAUAUCCAAAAAGCAGGAAAUCUCUAUGAAAAUGAGAACAAUGAUGCAAGAAUGAUCAGAGGGACUGUGAUAAUUGUAAAUGUAGAUCUCUCUGGUCUGAAUGCAUGAAAACGUUUUAAAAACUUUCAGAUUUUAAGCAUAUGCCACAGUUCUUUAUACUGUGGCAGUUUCCCUAAAUUUAGAAUUUAAGAAAUCAGAAUUUAUUUUAAUUUUAAGCCCUCCGACAUGCUUGGAAAGGGAGGGAUAUUUAGUAGGGUUGCAAUCUGCCAACUCACCACUAGAGGCCACUAAAUCCCUCACACUGCUCCUUUAAACGAGAAACUUGGAAUAAUAUGGCAGAAACAGAAAGGAAAAGAAAAACAAGUAAUCAAUUAAUUACCAAUAUUUAAUUAAGCUUUUAUUGGGAGGUGUUACACUGAGUUCCAUAACAUAUUAUCUCAUUUCUCAUAUAAUUUGUCAGAAUUAUAGAAACACAAACAUUUGACCAUAAAAAGCAGCUUACAGGCAGUAAAGCUGCAUUAAAGUUGUAUUAAAUAAAUAAACAAAUCCUUUUUUCUGUAGAUUAGAAACCGUAUGUUGUUAGACAAAGCAGUAACUAGUAUUAGAUAGUUUCUUUAACUAAAAUCUUAACAUAUUGCUUCAGAAAUUUGAAUUUGUAUAAUUUAUAUCCAAUGUGAACUUAAGUUAUUGAUCGCUGGUUAUUUUACUCUUCUCGUCUUGUGGGGAAGCACGUUAGUCGGGUCGUUUCUGCUCCUGCUGGCGCUUAACGGGUCAGUCGGCGUUACAGCGCCGGCUCUUAGAGGUGAUUUUGCAUGGAAGGCCUUUCUGGUGGAUAACUGGUUUGACUGGUUUAAGGUCGCUGCUGGUGUAGAAAGAAAAUGUAUCGGUUGCCAAUACAACUAGAAAUAACCUGCAGAGAACUGCUUUAAUUGAUCUCAUUAUCCAAAGCAGAACAAAUUAUGACAAAAGAUCUUUUUUUUUCUUUUCUUGUUUUAGACUAUUGCACACAUCACAUUUUAUUUUGACGAGCAUCUUGUACAUUGUAAUUCUGAUUUUUAUUGAUUAUCUGUGUAAAUUAUUGAUUAAACAAAGCUUUUGUGUUUAACCAAAUGGUGGGCGUAUGGAUGAGAAAAAGGGACUUAAAUAGGUAGUAAACGUAGAGUAGCAGUAGAAUAGCUGACGGGAGCAGAGUCUGAGCUUUCCUGCUGGUUUCCUCAGUAGAACAGAUUCUCACUCUCUGCUCACAGGUCCUGUGUAGAAUUACUCAAAGCAUUUUCAGAUACUAGUAGUAUUAGAUUUAAAAAAUGACAAUGGACGCACUGAGGAAUGAAUUUUUAUAACGCAAAUGGCAAGUAGAACAAAAAGUAGAUUUUUUUUUUACCCUAGCUUUCGACUCAAAACGACAUAAAUGUGUGUGUGGUGUCAACCAAACACAGUUAAUAACGACCCUGCUGUGAAACAGACGAUGUUUUUGUGAAACCUGGUUUCAGUUAUGUUUUCCUUUUGGUGAAACAUCUCCAUUUUCUUCAGCAUGUUCUAUUUAUUUUCAGUUUAACAGGUCUAUUUUUUAUUUUAUUUGUCUUCAUGAGCUUCUUCAGCACCUGUUUGCCUGUCAAAGCGUUCGAGCUGUCCAGGGAGGAAAUGUGUUGUCUAGAUUUUGACGUAAACAAUGUUUUGAAAUAGUAGUUUAACAUUUGGGGAGAUUUGGUUAUUAGCUUUCCUGUGGCGAGUUAGACUGAAAGAUAGAUACCACUUUCACAUCUGUACAGUAAAUAUGAAGCUAUAGCUGGUUAGCUUAGCUUAGCAUAAAGACUGGAAACAAAGGGGGGAAAGCUUGCACUAUUUUUUGACUUAUCCACCUACUAACAACUCUGUACACAAAUUAACACUCGAUUAUUCAUUCAAACCUUUCUUUAGACAGAAACAUUUAGGAUUUCCCUCACUUGCAAUGACAUACAGUUAAAAGUCAAAAGAAUAAACAGUGAAAACAGCUGCACACUGAGGUGAAGGGACUUUAGAUUAUAUAGUAUUAUUAUUAUUAUUAUUAUUAUCAUUAUAUUAUUGUAUUAUCUCCAAAAACAAAAUGUGAAUGGAAAAAAAUAUAAGACCACCCUUGUUUUCUCCUUGCUUUCUUGUUCAUUAAAUGCCUGGUACAACUAAAGGUACAUUUGUUUAGACAAAUAUAAUGAUAACAACAUAAAUAGCUCAUAAGAGUUUAAUUUAAGAGCUGAUACAUAGACAUUUUCCAUGGUUUUCUUGAUAAUAACCAAAAUCAUCAUCAACAUGUAAGAAAACAAUGGUCUAAUAUUUUUUUCCAUGACAGUACAUUACUAAAACAGCCAGCAGCUCCAAAACACCAGUGCAAAUUUUCAAAUAGAUAUGAUUUGCUUAAAAUGAUCACAUAUCUGGAAUAAAAAUGAUUACUUUCUCACAUAAAGUUAGAUUAAAACAAAAAAAAAUGUUUUCAAAACUUAAAAACUGCAUUUUUUCUUAAAUGGAAGUAAGAUUAGAAAAUGAUGCUGUAGUCAGGCAAAAAUGAGGUCAAUAACUGCCUGUAAAAACGCAGCUUGUCACUUUUUUUUACUUUGUUUUUCUGCAGAUUAAACACACAAGAUAAAAUGUGUCAACCAGUGAGCUUUAGACUUGCUUGUCGAUGUGUUUUGUUGCUGUUGGACAGAGUCAGGUGAAAUGUUUCCUCCUGUUUUGAGUCUUUGUGCUAAUAACCUGCUGGGUGCAGUUUCUUAUUUACUGUUCUGACGUGUGAAUUUGAAUCCUCUCAUCUUACUCUCGACAAAAAAAGCGUGUAAGCAUUUCCGAAAAAUGUUCAACUAUUCCUUUAAAUGAUAACGAAUGUCACUGGCGCUUUAAGAAAGAUAAAGAUAAAUCACAAAUGUUGCUCUGAAUGUUUUUUCUUUUUAUUCUGAUUUUGUAUACAUAGCAUUAAUGAUCCUGUUGGUGUUUACUGUUGAUUACGCACAGAACCGGUUCAGUCGUUCUUUUGGGGGGGUUGUUAUCUCUUCCAUCUGUUUUACAUUAACAAGUGUAUAUUUUAAUGAAACAGCAAUGCAAAACUAACAUCUGUAAAACGAGAACAAUAAGCGUGUACAAUGCUAACGUCCCUGCUGUAUCCAUCAGACAUGUUAAGCUUUUCCUUUCCAUGCCAGGUUCACCCUGAUUCACAGUUAGUGACAGGUGAAGAAAGAUCAAGAGUUUGACUACUGACGACAUAUAUUUAACGCCCUAUUAAAGGGUUUUAUUUUUAUUUUCUGUAUGUACAAUUUUAUUUUAGCAAUAUGCAAUUGAUUUAGUUUGACGCUGUGUGUUGUUUUUUUUUUAAGAUAUUGUGUAAACGCUGCACUUUACACAUUACCAGUGGAGAUAAACGGACAUUGUCAGCUCGUCAUGUCUGCUUUGUCAGGUUGUAAUUUAUCUCAAAGAGGCCGACAUUAAGCAUCAAGCCAAAUGAGCUGACGUCACGUGUCCUCACGAUACAAUCUGUCACUCUGAACUGUUCACCUAAACAUCGUAAUUUCAGAAUGUCGUAUCAACGUCUAGACGCUGUUCACGCCUUGAUAGACCAAAAUCUGAAGACACGUGGAUUAUUGAACUGCUGGAACGAGAACCGUUCUGUUCGCCUGUAGCAAGAGACGAGGCCGGUGCUUCUCUAAGGUGUUAUUUUUCUCUCUGUGUUUCUUCAUGGCUACUGUGGAACUUGAAACAUUUUGGAAAAAAAAAUGUGUUUUAUUGUUUUAGCCUUUUAUUUUGUUAAGGAUGCUGUAAUUAUAAAACAUCUGACUGGGGUUAACUUUAAUAUAUGUCGUUGGUUUUGA